AGAGGAAAGCCGUCAGUAGAAUGGAUAUGUGCCCUCUCUCCUCUACGCGUUCUCCUCCUCCUCCUUCUUCUUUGUUUCAUCUCAUCUCUUCACCUUCUCCUUUGCCAGCGUUGCACCCUGGGCACCCUCAGUACCGGCCCUCAGGGAAAAGGAGACUCAUCGGUCGGACGGGCAGCUAAAAACUGAACUUCAAUGUCUGCAGGGGAUCAGAAGAGUGGUGGGGACAAGCCAGAAGACACUGUGUCAGUGGCUAAGGUAUGGCCAGAGGUGGAGAGGGCCGAGUGUUUGGCCCGCGGUGCUGCUCUAAAGUGGGCUUCAGGUGUUUUCUGUCGGCCUGAGCAUCUGGAACGACUGAGCCAGUACAAGAAGAGAGAGAGUCAGAGGACUGCCUCCAUACACACCAGACUCAAGUCCAUGGUCCAGUCGUACCUGGAGGGGGUAGGCUGGGGUCUGGAGCAACUCCGGGAGGCCAGGGCCGAGCUGAAGGAGGUGUCACAUGCUUUGAAGAAAGCAGGACUGGAGUCCAAUCGAAACGCAGAGGGGGUGAAGUCUCUGGAGAGGCUGAGAGAAGUGUCUGUCAACCACCGUCAGCUCCUCGCCGCUGUCAGCAACCUGCCACGGCUUUACUCUGUGCGUAGCAUGGUGCUGGAGACGGAGCGUCUAGUGGAGUCCCGGCGGCUCCUGGAGGCCCACGCCCGGCUGAUGGAUCUGGAGCGCUGGCAGGACGACAUCCUCUGGCAGCUCCACGGGGCUAAUGGGAUGGCAGGAAGUGCACUCAGUAAAGAGGACCAGGAGCUGGUGGCCAAAUAUUUCUCUGGUGUCGGGCAGCUGGUGGACGCCCUGGGUAAGGAGCUGUGGGCGGUGGUGAGCAGUGCUCUGGCUUUGGCCCGACAAAACCCAACCCCAUUUGUGUCGGCGGUGAGGAUUGUGGAGCGGGAGGAGGCCCUGGACCAAGCUUUCCUGGAGGAGAGAGUGGGGAGCAGAGGCAACACCAGGCCCCUGCCCCCAGGACGACCUCGCUGCUGGAGAGCAUGCUUCUUCCAGGUACUAGAGGAAGCAGUUUCUGCACGGUUCCGCAGUGUUUCCUACCUGCACACGCGUGGUCCGGGUCUAGCAGGCCACCUCUCUGCUCUCCAACACGGUAUCAUGGCUGACCUGGCCACCGUACGCCACCUGCUGGAGCACUGCGUCCCCCCACACUACCAGCUAACAGGAGCCUACCUGAGGGCCAGCCACCGCUGUUUACAUUCUCACCUGGCACAGGUUAGCAGCUGGGACCUGGAGAGUGGAGAAAUCUUUGCUGUGCUCAACUGGGUGUUACGCAUCUACAACAGCCCAGACAUGAUGGGUCACCCAGAGCUGGUGACCGAGAUGGAGAAAGUAGAACUGGGACCUCUCAUCUCCACCGAGGGACUGGAGCAGCUGCAGAACAAAUAUGUACAAAGUGUUCGGAAGAGUGUAUCCGAGUGGAUGCACAAAGCGUUACAGGUGGAGCUGCAAGACUGGCAGAGAGACCAGGAGCCAGAUACAGACCAUGAAGGUUUCUACCAAACCAGCCUGCCCACUAUUCUCACACAGAUGCUGGAGGAGAAUGCCCGGGUGGCUCUGAUGAUCGGAGAGUCUCUACGAGACCAGACGAUACAGAUGGGUCUGUAUGAGAUGGAGAACCUCCUAAACAGGUUUCGAGAAGCCCUGGUGGAAUUUGGGAAGGAGCAUCGGAGGAAUUCGAGCAACAACAAAAACAAGUACAACCUCCACUACCUGCUGGCCUCCAUCAGCAACUGCAUCAUCCUCAAAAAGUCCACAGAGAGCCUGCAGCAGCAGCAGUCGUCCCGGUCGGCGGGACAGUUAUCUCGCACUCCUCCCAACCCUCUGGCAGCUCUGGACCGGGCAGUGAGACGGGCAUGUCGCCUGGUGAUGGAUCACCUCCUGCUGGACCUUCAGCCUUUCCUCCCAGGCCUGCUGACCCGACCCUGGCUGGUCCAGGGAGACCCCACCCCAAAACUGUGCUGUGUGCUGGAGCGUCACCUGGAGCUGUACGGCCGUGUUCGACCACCCUGCAGACAGCGUCUGCAGGAGGAGGCCCAGUGGCUGAUGGUGGUGGAGUACGUCAGGGCUCUGAUGCAGAAGAGGCUGGUGUGUCGCAGCGCCGAGGAGAGGAGGCAGCUCGCCCAGCAGAUGGUUCAGGACGACCAGCAGUUUCGAGAAAUCCUCCAUGGCCUGGAAGGUGAAGGGUCAGUACCUGAAGUGAAUCCUUUGGCCUUACUACUCGUCCUGGCUGACUUCAUCCGACUGAAAGACCCCGGCAUGCUCACUUUGGAAGUUUCUGGUCUCGCAGCCAAAUACCCUGACAUCAGUGAAGAACAUGUGUCUGUACUGCUGGACAUCCGUGGUGAUGUCUCCAGGGACAUCAGAGGGUCUGUACUGGACUUGCUGGAGCAGAGCGCCCCCCCUCUGCCUGCGGGAUAUCGGCCCAUCUUCACUGACAUCCUGGUGCCUCCCUCCACCAUGGCCUUCUGUCUGCCCACUGCCAAGUGUGCAUGACAGGGACACAAUCUGUGGCCUAAACUCACGUUAAAUUCAGGGUGGAUCUGGUUCUCAGGCAGAUCUUUAAGCCAGGUGUCCAUAGAUCGUCUUUACACUAAAAUAUGCUGUAGGGCUAGGUAUCGUUAAAAAAUGUUCAAUACCGAUACCAAUACCUUGACUUAGAUACCGGUAGCUAAACCAUACUUUUUUCGAUACCAGUUUUAUAAAACAAAAAGAAAUUACAACAUUACGGCACAAAUCUUUUUA